CUGUCAAUGACGCUGGGGUCGCUCGGUCGCCCCGCCCCGAGGCCCACAACAAGGGUGUCCGCGGCCUGUCCUCCAGGCGGAGGAGCCCGGACUGCGGAAGGAUGGAGCUGGCCGCGGGCAGCUUCUCGGGGGAGCAGUUCCGGGAGGCCUGCGCCGAGCUCCAGCAGCCCGCUCUGGCCGGGGCCGACUGGCAGCUUCUAGUGGAGACCUCGGGCAUCAGCAUCUACCGGCUGCUGGACCAGAAGACUGGACUUUAUGAAUAUAAAGUCUUUGGUGUUCUGGAGGACUGCUCACCAACUCUACUGGCAGACGUCUAUAUGGACUUAGACUACAGAAAACAAUGGGACCAGUACGUUAAAGAACUCUAUGAACAAGAAUGCAAUGGACAGACUGUGGUCUACUGGGAAGUGAAGUACCCUUUUCCCAUGUCCAACAGAGACUAUGUCUACCUCCGGCAGCGGCGAGACCUGGACGUGGAAGGGCGGAAGAUCCACGUGGUCCUGGCCCAGAGCACCUCCGUGCCUCAGCUUGUCGAGAGGUCUGGGGUGAUCCGGGUGAAGCAAUACAAGCAGAGCCUGGCGAUCGAGAGUGACGGCAAGAAGGGGAGCAAAGUUUUCAUGUAUUACUUCGAUAACCCGGGUGGCCAAAUUCCGUCCUGGCUCAUUAACUGGGCUGCCAAGGGAGGGAACUGCAGUGGUAGUUUGUAUCACUAGAGACCGCCCAGGAGCCUGGCAUUAUGGGGACCAUCAGCCUGCUUUGCAUGAGAUCUACUACUUGAGAGGUCAACAGAUUCCUUGGAAGAGUGAAAAAGCACAUCAACUUUGGAGUCAAACAGAUGCAAUUUUGAAUCUUGGCUCUGCUACUGACUGUCUUGUUGUAUUUAAGGAAGCCAUGCAUUUCUUCCUUUUUACAAAAGAAGAUAGAUGUCUUCUACUGCAUAGAAGGGGAGUAAAUAAGACAAUAUUCAGGAGAAGUCUUGCCCAAUGCUCAACAUGAACUAAAUAAUCAUAUAUCCUACUCCUUGAUCCCCAAUCCUUACCAUUUCCUAAUUCAGUAAGGCAAGUCCUUCCUCUCAUUUCUUUGGAAGAAUGUAACAGUCCAGCCCAACCCCAUUUCUUGUGUUUUCUUUUUUCAAGAAACACUGUUUCAGAAACAUCUUUGCUUU